AUGUGUGAUGUUGCCGGGAGUAUCGGAAGUGUGGUGAGCCCUGUCCUUGAAGUUGGCAAGUGGUUGGUUGUUCCCAUUUCGCAUCAAUUUAAGUACUUGUUCAACUAUAAUACCAAUUUCAAAAAUCUCGAAAAGGAAGUUAAGAAGCUGAAGAACACCAAAGAAGAAGUGCAUGAUCAAGUUGAUGCCGCUGAAAGAAAUUUGGGGAAGAUCAAACAAAAUGUUAAGGAUUGGCAGAAUGAUGUGGAGAAGGCGAUUACUAAAGUAGAGCAGUUGAUUCAAGAAAAAGCUGACAACCAGCGUUAUUCUAAGGGAUUGUGUUGCAACUUCAUCAUUCACUACAAACACAGCAAGAAAGCAUUCAAAUUAAAGCGGGAUAAUGUUGAUCCACUCCUCCAGCAAGGAAAGGAAUUGGGUCCAGUUUCCUCUCGUACUAAUCCACUAUUGGAGAUUUGGCUAAGGUCUAGUGAAGAUUAUUUGGCUUUUGAAUCAAGAAACUCUACUAUGAAGAAUGUAUGGGAUGCUCUAAUUGAUGAGAAUGUCUUCAUGACCGGUGUAUAUGGAAUGGGUGGUAUUGGGAAGACCACUCUUGUGCAGGAACUUGGUAGAAAAGCUAAGAUGGACCAACUCUUCGAGGAUAUUGUUUUUGUUGAGGUAUCAGAAUCUCCUGAUAUAAAAAAAAUUCAAACAGCAAUUGCAGACAACUUAGGUCUAAAAUUCGAAAACGAAAGUGAAAGGGCCAAGGCGCUAUAUUCAAGAAUGGAGGGAAAUGUUAUUCAAACACGUGAAUUGUAUUCUCUACCAAAUGAUGUAUGUAAGGAGUGCGGCGGAUUACCUAUUGUCAUUAGUAUAAUAGCUAAAGCAUUAAAAAACAAGAGUCGUCUGUCUGAUUGGAAGUAUGCAUUACAAGAAUUGAGAGCACCUUCACCAGCAAAGUUUACAGGAUUCUUAGAAAAGGAUUACACGAAGAUUGCCUUAAGUUACAAGUAUUUAAGAGAUGAUGAGCUUAAGAAAACGUUUUUAAUUUCUAGUCUAAUGAAAAAUAAUACUUCCAUUUUAGACUUGUUCAAACAUGUUGUGUGUCUAGAUAUUCUUGGCGGAGUUAAUUUGACAAUGGAAGACGCACGAGAUAGAUUAGAUAAAUUGGUUGAUGACCUUAAAGAUGCAUGUUUGUUACUUAAUGGGGUCGAAAGUGAACAAUUUGCUAUGCAUGAUCUUGUUCGUGCUAUUGCCACAACAAUUGCAUAUGUGGAUCACCAUGUGUUUACAAUGAGAAAUGAUGUUGAACGCGAUUGGAAGGAUAGAGACAAACUCAAGAAAUGCACAAAAAUCUCCUUACCUGGCAACAAUACUAUCAUUAGUCAACUUUUGCCAAGUGAUUUGGAUUGUCCAGAUCUUGAAUAUUUUUCUGUGUCCAAUAUGUCUAACCCUUCUUUUGAAAUCCUGAAGGACUCCUUCACAAUGUUGUCGAAGCUCAAAGUACUGAAUUUAGUUGAACUACAACAAUUGUCAUUACCAUCAUCAAUUAUUGUUCUGACAAAUCUUCAAACAUUGUGUUUAGAUAAUAGCGAAAUUAAAGAUUUUGCUAUUAUCGGAAAGCUAGAGACACUAAAAGUUCUUAGCUUGCAAGAGUUAGAUAUUGAAGUGUUUCCUCUAGAAUUGGGUCAGUUGACUCAACUAAGGUUGUUAGAUUUAAGUGAUUGUCGGCAAUUGAAAGUUAUUACUCCAAAUGUGAUAUCACAAUUAUCCAAAUUGGAAGAAUUUUAUAUAAAGGGAUGUCCUAUUAAAUGGAAGCAUGAAGUACUCAAGGAAUUGAAGCUCUUGUCCAACCUCACCAGUUUAGAAUUGGAUAUUGAAGAUAACAAUGUGUUGCCUAAAGAUUUCAUUUCCAAAGAGCUUAGAAGGUACAAAAUAACAAUAGGAUAUGAGUAUUACGAAGAUCCAAGAAGUAAAUACCUAAGGAUUCUGGAAAUUGCCUGUAAUUCACCCAUCUCUCAAGAAGAAUUAUAUGGAAUCAAUAAUGUUGAAGUCUUACGCAUAGUCAAAUCUUUAGAUGACGAGGAGGAUCUUGAUAAAAAGCAAAUGCUGCCAUUAUUUAAUGAGAAGGUUAUUUUCACCAAUUUGAUGGUCUUGAAAUUGGUCAAUAUUAGUUUUGGAAGGAUUUGGAAGAGUCAACUUUCAACUUUUUCUUUUCAAAAUUUGACACAGAUGAUGUUGGUGAAAUGUGAUAAAAUAAAACAUGUAUUUCCAUUUUCCAUAGCUAAAAGCCUUGAGCAACUCCAAUACCUUAUGAUAAAAGAUUGUAAGGUUUUAGAUAAGAAUGUUGAAAAAGAAAGAACAGAAGUUGUUAAUUUUAUCUUUCCACGAAUAACUAAAUUGGAGCUUACAGAUUUACCAAAACUUACCAUUUUCUACCAAGGAACAGAUGCUUUGGAAUUGCCAAUAUUGAAAACACUGAAGAUAGUAAGGUGUCCAAACUUCACUUUAAGAUGUCAAAGUUUCCAAGAUAAUAAUGAGGACGGUGAAAUUCAAGAUUCAGAGUCAAAAUCCAUCUUCUUUGGGCAAAAGAUAUUGUCAUAUUCAAGCUAA